AUGGAGAUGAAUCCCAAAUCAACAUCGGCACCUCCCCCUACGCCCCCGAUUCCCACGUCUCCCACGAUCCCUCCCCCAGAUCCAACGGCUGGCAACACCCUUGCUGCACCUCAACUCACAGAAACCGGGCCCGGGUUUAGCAGGAAUAUUCUUCUUCUCUACCGGAAGGAGAGGAGGGGCUUUCUAUGGAAAAACAAGCCUGGUCUCCGCAUUACUGAAGAAAGCUGCAUAAUCACGACAGCAGAAGAAGAUCCGAGCGUCGGACCUUUACUCAACGCCGUGACUACAGAUAUGAACGAAGAAAAAAUACUUCAUAACUAUGAAUUCGUCCGAAGCUGGCAAACACAGAGUAUACCGCGGUUCUAUUGUGUCCUUCUCUCGCAAAUGAAACCCAUCAUACUCCCAGUGCAGGCCCCUCCAGCACCCACGCCACCACCGGAUACAUCCAUGACUCAAAAGAAAGCCGUCAUUGAGGCCGAACCCGUUUCACCGAUAUUGCCACUGUCACUGACACUAACACUCCCACAAGAUUGUAUGGGUGUCCAGCGAUCGAGAUCACCGUCCCCUGUUAGCUCUUUAGGCUAUGAUAUAAUACGGACACCGCCACUUAACUCGCGGCAGUCAGGGUCUUCCCGAUUUGGGACAUUUCAGAGCAACGACCUAUUCUGCUAG